UUAAACUCGGAUAUUUCUCAACAGAAUCCUUUAUCUAYCUACGAUCUGCGAUUCACUAGCCAGUGUGAUCAUCUAGACUGCGUCUUCAUGUCGCUUCCUGGCAAGAAUGGAACGGGAAACAGCCCAAGGGAGGGCAAACACACCACAAGUCAGAAAGACAAUGGAGUCGGUUCAAUUCUAGGAGGACGCCCACAUGGAACCGCUGCUAAAACACAGUCAUCUUUCACUUGYGAGUUUUGCUUGAAAAGUUUUCAGAGGAAAUACACAUUGAAGAGGCACCUUCGCUCACACAUGUCGAAUCCUGAGCGUUUUCGGUGUGAGGUGUGCGGCCGAGCGUACUUACAUCGAUAUCAUCUUAAAAGACACGCUAAGUGUCACGAGGUUGAGUACACAGAAGUUGAUGAAAAACUAGCAACAUUGACAGAUGAUGAGCUCAGUGAUGAUGAAAUUGCUAUGAAGGUAUUUGAACCGCCUCCAGAGCCCAAGAUUGAGGAGGUACCCGAAGAAGAAGAAGACGAGGAGGAUGAUAUCCCACAAGGCUUAGAUGGUGCUGCUUUUAGGAGCAGGUUACCAAGCGAUAAGAUGACUUCACAAGAGGCGUCUUGUUUCCCAGACAUCUCUCAAGGUCCUCCUCAUAUACAAAARCAAUUCUUGUACAUUAGAAAUAGACUGUUACAACUGUGGCUUGAUAAUCCUAAACAGCAAAUCAACUUUGAAAAUGCAAUGUUACAAAUGGAACCUCCACACAAUAAUGAUCCAAGACUUGUCCAAAGAGUUCACUCGUUCCUUGAAAGAUAUGGCUCAAUAAACUUUGGUGUCUAUAAGAUGGUGAAGAUGCCGCAGCCAUGUAAGUCAAAACACCAACAGCAACAAACAAACCACAGUCAAUGCAAGAAAGGUGAUAGUUUCAAAGAACUAAGACAAACACCAAGAGAUCACGCCUGGUCUUUCAAAAACACUGGAUCUGCUGCUAUUAGGGUACCAAAAGACAAAGAUGAAAUGGUAGAAAGAGAGUUCAAUAGACUAUUGGAAGCCACAUCAUAUCUAUCMCAUCAUUUAGACUUUAACUAUAUGAAUGGGAAGCCUGUGUCMCUCGGYCAUGCCCUGGAACUAGUUAUCAAACUCCAAGAAAAACAAGUCAAAGAACAACAGAUAGAACAUGCAAAGAAGAUUCUUGGUAUCCAAGAUUUAAUGAAAGAAAACUUAGCAAAGGUUUGUUAUAAUCUUAACUUAAUGAACAAUAGACUGAAUGAAGUUUCCAUGUUUUCCAGCGAUGUGUACUUAUCAUCAAGGGAUCGUCAAAUACUAGACUGGCAUUUCGCUAACCUGGAAUUUGCAAAUGCAACCCCUCUSACUGCCCUUUCACUAAAGCACUGGGACCAGGACGAUGACUUUGAGUUCAGCGGUAGUCACAUGACAGUACGAAAUGGUUAUUCUUGCUUGCCGGCUGCAUUGGCUGAGUGUCUUGAUAUCAGACUAAACACAUCAGUACGACAUGUUAGAUAUAAUAGAUCAGGUGUUGAAGUUGUAACUCAAGGAACAAGUAAAUCAUCAAUGAACACAACACAAACAUUUAAAGGUGAUGCAGUGUUAAUAACACUUCCCCUUGGAGUACUCAAGGCCCACCCUCCUGCYGUACAGUUUCACCCAGCUCUGCCUGAAUGGAAAAUGGCUGCUGUUCAUCGAAUGGGUUUUGGUAAUUUGAAUAAGGUUGUUCUGUGCUUUGAUCGUAUCUUCUGGAAUCCUAACACUAAUUUAUUUGGUCAUGUAAGCGGUACAACUCAGUCUCGUGGUGAACUGUUUCUGUUCUGGAACCUCUACAAGGCACCAGUCCUAAUCUCCUUGGUGGCAGGAGAGGCAGCUAAUAAGCUUGAGAGUGUCCCUGAUGAUGUCAUUGUUGGACGUGCUGUUGGAGUAUUAAGAGGAAUAUUUGGUCCAAGUAAUGUACCAUCGGUAUGUUGUAUAAUCUUUACAAAUGUUCAACCAGGAACCCCCCAGCCUCCCAACCCUCCAAGGGUCUUCUUUGCUGGCGAACACACUAUAAGAAACUACCCAGCGACCGUACAUGGAGCUUUAUUAAGUGGUUUACGCGAAGCAGGGCGAAUUGCAGAUCAGUUUUUGGGUCUGCCAUAUGAAGUUCGAGGUGUUAGCCCACCUAUGCAACAAACGCGGUAGCAGCUUUCUAGAGGAUUGACAAUUURUUACACAGAAUCGAAAGGCAUUUAUUUUAAAGUGCCAUGCAGUAUGCAGCAGUUGUGUAUUUUUUUUUCUUGUAAAUAAAUAUGUGGCUCAUUUUAAAAUGUCUAUGAAUCAUAGCAUAGUUAACUCAUAAUGAACUAUGGUAAUAGUGUUUGGAACAAGAAUUUGGUUAGCGUGGUUUCAAGGGUUUUCUUGGUGUCGCUAUAUGAAAACCUAUCUAUUUUGCGUCAAAUAGGCAGAAAUUAAAACUAUGACAUUUGAGAGUAUAUUUUGGAAAAUAUAUAGCCUUUCUCUAAAGCAUAUGUCUAUGUAAUAUAUACAAUAUGAGCGGGCGAUCUGUAUGUAAUAUACAACCAUCUUCAUUAUUAUUUCAAUUGUGUUUUGCCUAUGAAUAUUAAUGAGUUUUAUUAAGCGUAAUUAGUCUUCAAAAAAGGAUGUCCAAAGAAAACACGAAAAAUAGGUGCCUUAGUAAAGCCAGCAAGAUAUUAUGGACAACCAAAGAAAGGAAAUAGAGCAGAGUCACUUGAACCAUGAAAUAGGAACUAAAUACUUAGUAACUAAUAGUUGCUAUUUAGACACUAUCACUGAACCAGAACAGUGCAAAGAGAUUACUUUGAUUGUUAUAAUGGUCUCUUGGGUAUUGCUUAUUGGAUCAAAUAAACUGUUCUGGUUCAGUGCUAACGACUAUURGRAACUAAUAGUSCCUAUUAGYURGUACUUUUAGUUUUUAUUUCAUGGUUCAUGUGACUGUGCUCUAAUGGGCGUAGGCUCCUGUACCCAAAUAAGCACUGCGCUCCUGAAAACCGGCAAAAAUGAGAAAUCUUCAAAAAUCUUGAUAAAAUAUAAUUGCAACAUAUACAAUGCUGUUCAGACAUCUAGCCUGCCUGCAGAUGUUCCUCGGUGGCGGAGCAAAAUUACUUUGCCUUCCGGCGUCCAACGAGGAACUCGAUCCUGCAGUCAGUCUAAAGUUAUCCAAAUGGUACGUAACUCAACUGAACUCUGCGCACCGAACUUUUUUAUUAUGUUUAGUGUUCGCGAUAUCUUUCCGAUUUUAAAGAUUCUUGUAUUUUUCCAUGUUGACUUAUAUUUCAUUUUCUGUGAUUGACAAUCUGUUGCUGAAUAAAAAACUUUGAAAAAAUAUGGAUUUUAAUUGGGUACAAACAUGAAAAUAGGAAAACACGAAUUAAAAAAUCGUUUCUAGACUAAGAGCCUGUAUAUUAUUCGUGCUAUUUAUUUGUGAAUAAAACUUUGUGAUAGUGAA